AUGGCUUUCGCACUCAGGACUGGGGCUCUGCCCGCUGUGGGCCAGCAGGCCCGAAGGCAGUGUGUGCGCCCACUGCAGCAGCGUAGCAGCAGCGGCGCCCGCAGGCUCAGCGUUGCAGCCAUCGAUCAGCCCAGCACUUAUCAGCCCAGUGAGCAGCAGCCGGAGGCCCUGUCCGUGGCCGACCCCGAGCUCGAGCAGUCCCUGGCCGUUCACGAGCUCGACGCCGCCCAGGAGGACCUCCUCAAAUGGAUGCUUUUCCUUGAUAGCGACCAGCAGGAGAAGGACCUCGAUGAGAUGGAGGACCUUGAGGAGGUGGGGGACGAGGAGUAUGCCGAGCUGUAUGACGAGGUGGAGACCCUGCUGGAGGAGAGCGAGGCCAGCUUUAAGGUCGGGGACAAGGUCUACGGCACGGUCUAUGAGGUGGACGACGACGGUGCCUAUGUGGAGAUUGGUGCCAAGUCCGCCGGCUUUGUGCCCCUCAUCGAGUGCUCCCUGGGCAAGCUUAAGACGCCUCUCGAGGUGCUCCGUCCGGGCAUGAAGCGCGAGUUCGUGGUGGCGGAGGACGAGGACGAAUAUGGGGAGAUCAUACUGUCGCUGGCGGCCAUUGAGGCGCAAACCUUCUGGCAGCGCAUCCGGCAGCUGCAGGAGGAGGACGUGCCCGUCUUGGUGACCGUGGUGGGCGCCAACCGCGGUGGCCUUAUGGUGCAGUACGCCCACCUGGAGGGCUUCAUCCCCGUCAGCCACCUCGCACAGAACAUCAAUGCCGACAACAUGGAGACCUUUGUGGGCUACGACAUCCCCGCCAAGUUCCUGGAGGUGGACGAGGAGAGCGAGCGCCUGGUGUUCAGCCACCGCCGCGCCAGCAGCAGCGCAGACAUGCAGGGGUACAAGGUUGGCGACGUGGUGGUUGGCGUGGUGCAGAGCGUGCGGCCCUACGGCGCGUUUGUGGACAUUGGCGGCGCGAUUGGCCUGCUGCACAUCAGCCAGAUCACCCACGAGCGGCUCACCACCGUCGACCAGGUCCUGGCCGAGGGCGACAAGCUCAAGGUUAUGAUCCUGUCUCAGGACAGUGACCGCGGCCGCGUCACCCUCAGCACCAAGAAGCUCGAGCCCGAGCCCGGGGACAUGCUGCGCGACCCCCAGAAGGUGUUUGAGAACGCCGACAGGAUGGCGCAGAUGUUCAAGGAGCGCGUCGCGGCGGCCGACAACGCCAGCCUCGCGCAGCUGGAGGGGGAUUACUCGGGCGGCGGCGCGUACCCGCCGCCGGCGGAGGGCGUGUACAGCGCGCCGAUGGGCGGGCAGGAGCAGGUUGCCACUUUCGAGCCGUGA